CUGUCAUUUAAAAAAAAAAUAUUUAUCGCAGUUCUUGUUCACGCAUUUACCUUGUUGAAAUUUUUCGUUGAUGUACGCACAUUAUAUGUAGGUAGAUGGACUGAGCUCCUAACUACUUGUCGAUGUGAAAAUAAAAAUGGAAAUUCCUCCAGAUCAUAAUCCAGUCAUACCACUAUAUCUACUCGAUAAGAAUGAACACAAGCAUUUCCGUACUCAACAUUACGACGCCAAUCGAAAAAGACCAAAAUUAAGCAGCAACUCGUUGCAGAAAGCAUUACGACCAGUGUUACUUUUAGCACGUUGCUUCGCUGUAUUUCCAGUUUUGGGGAUACAGGCCGAUGAUGCCAAAGGCUUACAUUUUGAUUGGUUUAGCAAACCAAUGUUACUUUCGUUGCUUUUCUUGACCUAUUCAAUAUCUAUAGACGUGCUUUCAAUUCUGCGAAUAAUACAAACUGGUCUCACUUAUUAUAACACUGUGGACUUUGUAUUUUUGGCAAGUUUAACCUGUAUCUACAUAAUAUUCAUACAACUCGCAUCAAAAUGGCCAAAAUUUGCUUUAGAGUGGGAAAAGGUUGAAAAACAUAUGAACACAUUCGCAUUCUCAAAAAAUUUGGAGCAGAAAUUCAAACUAUUAACAUUUACCAUUAUGGUUCUCGCUUUAAUUGAACAUCUCAGUUCAGUUGCUACCAAAGUUGUCGAUGCUUUGCCUUGUGCUACCAACGAUACUGAUAUUGUAAAAGCAUACUUUGUCAACACUCACAAGCAUAUUUUUGCAUUCAUCAGUUACAGUCCAUUUAUCGCUUUUGGAGUUGCUUUGAUUACACUUUUAAUGUCUUGUGCGUGGAAUUUCAUGGAUGUAUUCAUAAUAAUAAUGUCAGCAGCCAUGACAGAAAGAUUCAAACAAUUCAAUUUACUUUUACAUUCAGUACAUGGAAAGAUCAUGCCGGUGACAUUUUGGCGGACAAUGAGAGAAACUUAUAAUCAACUAUCCUGCGUAACCAAAUUAUUAGAUGAAUUGUUGUCUCCCAUAGUGCUUCUUUCAUUUGCUAAUAAUUUAUAUUUCAUUUGUUUACAAUUACUAAAUAGUUUGAAGCCAAUGGCUAGCACAUGGCAUGCAUCAUACUUCGUAUAUUCAUUCACAUAUUUAGUCUUGAGAACGAUAGUUGUUUCUUUAUUUGCUGCUUCUAUUUACGACCAAAGCAAACAACCGAAAACGCUUUUAUUCUGUGUUCCAUCAGAAAGUUAUUGCACUGAAGUUGCUAGAUUACUGAAUCAAAUAACUUCGGAUGAUUUGGCAUUAACAGGAUGCAGAUUUUUUUCUGUGACAAGGACUUUGGUUCUGACGGUUGCUGGUACUAUUGUGACUUAUGAAAUUGUGUUGGUUCAAUUCAACGCGGUUAGCAGUGAUACUCGAAGAAAUACCACCAUUACAUGCUUAUAAAUAGAAUAUAAAUAUUUUUUUAAAAAAAUCGUUUAUUAUUACGUAUUAAUCCAUAAAUGAUUGUAGUUAAACUUGCACUUAACUCAUAUACCUAAACUGCUUAUUACAUAAAUAUGUACUUAUAAAAAAGCAGAAAACUCCACGCAUUCACUCUUUUACCCCCAUUUAUGUUUGUUAAAGGUUCACCCUUAGAUACCUACAACAUUAAUAUGAACUUCCACUUAUCAAUGCAAGCCCCAGUGUCUUUAAUUUGUUACCUUAACUACGUGUGUUAUUUACCUACUCAACCAACAUGAACCCCGACCAAAUCGAUGUACAGUAUUUUUAUUUGAGAAAAUAAAAUGUACAAAUUUU